AUGGAAACUGAUAUAAUAAACACCGAAAAUUGUUCAUAUUGCAAUAAACCUUUUACUGUAGAAUUAUGGUGUAAAGAAUGUAUUAAUUCUUUAAAAAAUUUAGCAGAAAGUGGUAAUAAAAUGGCAAUGUUUAAUUUAGCCAAUAGAUAUAGAAAUGGAGAGAAAACAGAUAAGAAUUUAGAAAAAGCCUUUCACUUGUAUCAAAAAGCAGCAGAAAAUGGUUAUGAAAAAGAAAUGAAUAGCUUAGCCAAUUGUUAUUAUAAUAGAGAAAGAACAGAAAAGAAUUUAGAAAAAGCCUUUUAUUGGUAUCAAAAAGCGGCAGAAAAUGGUAUUAAAGAAGCAAUGUUUAAUUUAGCCAUAUGUUAUGAAAAUGGAAAAGGAAUAGAAGAGAAUUUAGAAAAAGCUUUUUAUUGGUAUCAAAAAGCAGCAGAAAAUAGUAAUGAAAAAGCAAUUUUUAAUUUAGCCAAUAAGUAUUAUAAUGGAAUAGAAACAGAAGAGAAUUUAGAAAAAUCCUUUCAUUGGUAUAAAAAAACAGCAGAAAAUGGUGUUAAAGAUGCAAUGAUUAAUUUAGCCAAAUUUUAUGAAUAUGGAGAAGGUACAGAAAAGAAUUUUAAACAAUCUUUUUAUUGGUAUCAUAAAGCAGCAAAGAAUGAUGAUAAAGAAGCAAUGUUUAAUUUAGCCAAUAUGUAUUAUAAUGGAGAAGGAACAGAAAAGAACUUAGAAAAAUCCUUUUAUUGGCAUGAAAAAGCAGCAAAAAAAGACCAUAUUGGUGCUAUGACUAAUUUGGCCAUAUGUUAUGAAAAUGAAAUAGGAACAGAAAGGAACUUAGAAAAAUCCUUUUAUUGGUACCAAAAAGCAGGAAAAAAUGGUAAUCAAAAUGCAAUGAAUAAUUUAGCUAUAUAUUAUGAAAAUGGAGAGGGUACAGAAAGGAACUUAGAAAAAGCCUUUUAUUGGUACCAAAAAGCAGCAAAAAAUGGUAAUCAAGAUGCAAUGUAUAAUUUAGCUAAUAAAUAUAGAAAUGGAGAAGGAAUAGAAAAGAAUUUUAAACAAGCUUUUUAUUGGUAUCAUAAAGCAGCAAAGAAUAAUGAAGAAGCAAUAUUUAAUUUAGCCAAUAUGUAUUAUAAUGGAGAAGGAACAGAAUAG